AUGAAGAAGGAGGAGAUGAAGAAAAAGGACGUCCCCCUUGGCAUGCUGAAAGCUGAUGGGACAAGCAAGCGCUUUUACAAGCAGGCAGGUGUGCAGCAGGUGAAGCAAGAUUGCCCUCGGACUGGAAUGCUCAGAACAAUGUGGUCGUUGACGUUGGAUGGUCGUGGUGUUCGUACACCUGCAAACAAGCUACUCACCGUGCCCACCAAGGACAUGGCCAUGGCAAUUGCCAUGGAGUUUGAUGUCCAGGACCUGAACAUUCUUCCAUAUACAAUGCCUCUUACCACCCUGGCUACAACGUCCAUUGACCAGAUCUCGCGCUCGGAUGUUCGGCAGAGCACUAACGAUCCUCCCGACCUUGUAGAGAAGGAGGAGAAGAUCUGGGGCAGAAUUUGUGAUUGGGCAGAGAGUCAUUACAAGUUCAAGCUGGUGAUCAGCCAUGAAUGGCUCCAAACAGAGCAGCCCGACGAUAUCAUGAGCACUGUGCGAGAUGACCUCCUAGGUCGAUCUGACUGGAGAUUGACUGUGAUUGAUCAAGUCGCGGGGUCCACGGGCUCCUUGAUGCUCUCCUUGGCUCUCUCCCAGGGCUUCCUUAAUGCAGAUGAGGCGAUGAAGGCCGCUCGUCUGAGUGAAGAUUACAACGUUGAGCGAUGGGGAAUGGUGAUGAACAGCGGUAUGGGCGGACAUGAUAUCGAUGCUGCAGACAUGCGUUCGAGGCUUGCAGCGGCAUGGCUUUACAACCGGCUCUUGCCAACUGAGUAUCGCUAA